GGCGCGCGGCGCGGAGCAAGAUGGCGGCGGCGGCGGCAGCUGGUGCGGCCUCCGGGCUGCCGGGGCCGGUGGCCCAGGGGCUGAAGGAGGCGUUGGUGGACACGCUCACCGGGAUCCUGUCCCCGGUGCAGGAGGUGCGGGCGGCCGCCGAGGAGCAGAUUAAGUGUAGCGUAAGCACUGUCACCUGCGAAGGGAGCCCUCCAGGAUCCAGACGCACUCCUGGGCGUGUGGCGGGCACUGAGCCGAGCGGAAGGCGGCCACGCUCGGAAAAAGAAUUUGGUGUUCACCUGGCAGAGCUGACCGUAGAUCCUCAGGGGGCAUUGGCGAUCCGUCAGCUGGCAUCAGUCAUCUUGAAGCAGUACGUGGAGACUCACUGGUGUGCCCAGUCGGAGAGGUUCAGGCCUCCUGAGACCACAGAAAGGGCAAAAAUUGUCAUCCGGGAGCUAUUGCCCAAUGGCUUAAGGGAGUCGAUAAGCAAGGUGCGCUCCAGCGUGGCCUAUGCGGUGUCAGCCAUCGCUCACUGGGACUGGCCCGAAGCCUGGCCCCAGCUCUUCAACCUGCUCAUGGGGAUGCUGGUGAGCGGAGACUUAAACGCAGUCCACGGCGCCAUGCGAGUGCUUACAGAAUUCACUCGAGAAGUCACAGACACCCAGAUGCCGCUGGUUGCUCCUGUCAUUCUCCCAGAGAUGUACAAGAUCUUCACCAUGGCCGAGGUGUAUGGUAUUCGAACCCGUUCCCGAGCCGUGGAGAUUUUUACCACUUGUGCCCAUAUGAUCUGUAACAUGGAGGAGCUGGAGAAGGGCGCGGCCAAAGUCCUGAUCUUCCCUGUGGUGCAGCAGUUCACAGAGGCCUUCGUCCAGGCCCUCCAGAUACCAGACGGCCCCACGUCUGACAGCGGGUUUAAGAUGGAAGUCCUGAAGGCAGUGACAGCCCUGGUGAAAAACUUCCCAAAGCACAUGGUGUCCUCCAUGCAGCAGAUUCUGCCUAUUGUUUGGAACACCCUAACUGAGAGCGCAGCUUUUUAUGUGAGGACAGAAGUAAACUACACAGAGGAAGUGGAAGAUCCUGUGGAUUCUGAUGGUGAAGUCCUGGGCUUUGAAAAUCUCGUCUUUAGCAUUUUUGAAUUUGUCCAUGCUCUCCUAGAAAAUAGCAAAUUCAAAAGCACUGUCAAGAAGGCCUUGCCUGAGUUGAUUUACUAUCUCAUCCUAUACAUGCAGAUCACCGAGGAGCAGAUCAAAGUGUGGACAGCCAACCCCCAGCAGUUUGUGGAAGAUGAAGAUGAUGACACCUUCUCCUACACUGUCAGGAUCGCAGCCCAGGACUUGUUGCUGGCUGUGGCCACUGAUUUCCAGAAUGAGAGCGCAGCAGCCCUGGCCGCCGCAGCGACUCGGCAUUUACAGGAAGCUGAGCACACCAAGAAUGGCGGCACCGGACAUUGGUGGAAGAUCCAUGAGGCGUGCAUGUUGGCCCUCGGCUCGGUGAAGUCCAUCGUCACCGACAGCGUGAAGAGUGGCAGGAUCCCCUUCGACAUGCAUGGCUUCCUGACCAACGUCGUCCUCGCGGACCUCAACCUCUCAGUGUCUCCUUUCCUCUUGGGCCGGGCCCUUUGGGCUGCCAGUCGGUUCACUGUUGCUAUGUCCCCUGAAUUGAUCCAGCAGUUUCUUCAGGCAACAGUUAGUGGUCUUCAUGAGACACAACCCCCAUCAGUUCGAAUUUCUGCAGUGAGAGCCAUCUGGGGUUACUGUGACCAGCUGAAAGUCUCAGAGAGCACCCACGUGCUUCAGCCCUUCCUCCCCAGCAUCCUGGAUGGCUUAAUUCACCUGGCGGCUCAGUUCAGCUCAGAGGUCCUCAACCUGGUGAUGGAGACCCUGUGCAUCGUUUGUACGGUAGACCCAGAGUUCACAGCGAGCAUGGAGAGCAAAAUCUGCCCCUUCACCAUCGCCAUCUUCCUGAAGUACAGUAACGAAAAGGAUGUAUGUGUGGAUUUGUAUAUAGAGAAAUUACCAGAAGAAAAUGCAUCAAAAUGUUCAGGGCAGUUAUCUCCAGGUGGUGGAAUUACAGAUCCUGUGGUCGCCUCGCUGGCUCAGGACAUCUUCAAGGAGCUGUCCCAGAUUGAAGCCUGCCAGGGCCCCAUGCAGAUGAGGCUGAUUCCCACCCUGGUCAGCAUCAUGCAGGCACCAGCAGACAAGAUCCCUGCGGGGCUCUGUGCGACGGCCAUUGACAUCCUGACCACGGUCGUGCGGAACACGAAGCCCCCCCUCUCCCAGCUGCUUAUCUGCCAGGCUUUCCCUGCUGUGGCCCAGUGCACCCUCCACACGGAUGACAACGCCACCAUGCAGAAUGGUGGUGAGUGCCUGCGGGCCUACGUGUCGGUGACGCUGGAGCAGGUGGCCCAGUGGCAUGACGAGCAGGGCCACAAUGGGCUGUGGUACGUGAUGCAGGUGGUGAGCCAGCUCCUGGACCCCCGCACCUCCGAGUUCACUGCCGCCUUCGUGGGCCGCCUCGUGUCCACCCUCAUCUCCAAGGCGGGGCGGGAGCUGGGGGAGAACCUGGACCAGAUUCUCCGUGCCAUUCUCAGCAAGAUGCAGCAGGCGGAGACGCUCAGCGUCAUGCAGUCCCUGAUCAUGGUGUUCGCCCACCUGGUGCACACCCAGCUGGAGCCCCUCCUGGAGUUCCUGUGCAGCCUCCCGGGGCCCACCGGCAAGCCUGCCCUGGAGUUCGUGAUGGCCGAGUGGACCAGCCGCCAGCACCUCUUCUACGGGCAGUACGAGGGCAAAGUCAGCUCUGUGGCGCUGUGUAAGCUGCUUCAGCACGGCAUCAACGCGGAUGACAAGCGGCUGCAGGACAUCCGCGUGAAGGGGGAGGAGAUCCACAGCCUGGACGAGGGCACCCGCACGCGCUCCAAGGCGGCCAAGAACCCUGAGCGCUGGACCAGCGUCCCCCUGCUGGUCAAGAUCCUGAAGCUGAUCAUCAGCGAGCUGUCCAGCGUCACGGAGGCCAACGCCGCGCGCCAGGCUGCCCCCGCAGAGUGGAGCCAAGAUGACUCCAGCGACAUGUGGGACGACCAGGAGGAGGACGACGACGACGAGGAGGACGGCCUGGCGGGCCAGCUCUUGUCCGAUAUUCUUGCCACGAGUAAAUACGAGGAGGAUUACUACGAGGAUGAUGAGGAAGACGACCCUGAUGCCCUGAAGGACCCUCUCUAUCAGGUCGAUCUGCAGGCGUACCUCACGGACUUCCUCUGCCAGUUUGCUCAGCAGCCCUGCUACGUGGUGUUCUCAGGCCACCUCAACGACCACGAGAGGCGGGUUCUGCAGACCAUUGGCAUCUGAAACGGUCCUCCUCCCACCCCGACGCACACCGUUUUGCGGCCCUCACUGGCCUUGAGAUGCACUUUCUUCUCAGCCGGGAGCGGCCUCUGCAGAGUGACACUGACAGUACAGACCAGGCUCACCAGUGCCAUCACCUAGGAAUGCUGGAACAAAGGACGUUUCCCAAAGUACCCUGAAGAAGCCCGUCUCUGGAACCUUUUAGUCCCCAGCUGUGCCCACCUUUGCUCCUAGAGCCCUCUGCUGGCCGGGCCAGAAGCAGCGCCCAGAAGGGUUUCACGUUCGUGGACUGUUUGGCCUCGCCUGAGGAGCGCUGGAGGCCACGACCGCUCAUAUUCUAAAGUGGACCUGUUUCCUUCCGCAGGACAUCUGACGUGUUCAGAUAGGAAUACCCUCGGGAGACAGUGGUGUUUUCUGCCCCCCACCGCAGACGUGCUGGGUCUCGUAGGAGCGAGGGGAAGCAGCGCCAGGGACCCCCGUUCCUCCUGCGACACUGAGACUCCCCGUCGAAGGAGGUCAUGUUGGUUUUGCCUCGUUGCAUGACAGCCCCUCCCCGACGCUGUUCCUCUGUAUACGUGCGCGCACGGGAUGAGCCAGACACGUGGCAAUUUGUUUUUCCUUUUUUAGAAAAAAAAAAAAAAAAAACGGGGGAAAAACAGAUUUUUUUAAAAAGUCCACCUGACCCAACCAUAUUUAACAUGCCUCUCACACACAUCCCCACACAGUCUGAUAUUCAGAGGCUCCCCCUCUCCCUCAGGAAUUCUCUAAGAUGGGUAAGUUGUAGCCCUCAAAUUUGCAAUGUGUAUUUUUCUAGGAGAGUAAAGUAAUCUUUACAAAUGAA